AUGUGGGAAGCUCUUGUAGACUAUGCCAAUGAUUGGGUUGCAAAUUUUAUUGCCAAUCCCCCUCAUUCCUGGCUAAAUGAUCCGAGAGAGCCUUUGUUUACGUUUAUGUGGGACGGGAAACCCUUUGGCUUUUACGCAAUGAGCUUGACGUUCUGGUCAGAAGUGCUUUUUUUCAUGGCUUUUGAGGGGCUCCUGGCUGCUGCUUUCUCUCAACUGGUGUACCGAUAUGUUAUCCCCAACAAAAAUACCACAACAGCCUACCUGAUUGGUUAUGGGUUUAUUAUCCCGUUUUGGCUGGCAUUUCCAGGCACUAUUAUCAAUACACUGGACGCCAAGAACAAACUAUUUCGGUUCACUGUGGCAGCUGUGACACCAUCAUUGUGUACCUUUAGGACUACAGAAGCGAUGCAUGGUUUCACCCCCGAACAUGCUCUUCAAUCUCCCAAAGCUUUCAUGAUUUACUUUGGGCUACCAAUGGUGGCAAAAUACGACAAGUCCAUGAAAGAAUACGUAAAAGCAUCUCCAGAGUACAUUUGGAAACGGAUGUGGCAGGUCAUGGGUUCCUAUGCAUAUACAGGAUCCGUCUAUUCGAUGUAUCUGUUGUACCCACAAUACUUUCCAACCAUGGGCGUGAUUGAAGAUGAACACUACUUUUAUCCAAGCCAUAUCUUUACCAGAAAGUACCUCCGUAAUGCAUGCUACUAUCUGUUGAUCUUCGAGGCCACACUGUCCACCAGUGGCAAUGGAGGAAACUUUGUAUCCACGUUACUCACAGGCUAUGAAAUGGAACCAUUCAUGAGAAACCCCUUAUUUGAGUCAAACACAUGUGCCGAGUUCUGGGGAAAGAGAUGGAACAAGCUCAUCCAGACCCUGCUGUCGCGUGGCGUCUUCAAGCCAUUUCGCACCAUUCUCCCCAUGUACGCAGCAAUGGCGGCCACAUUCACAGUGAGUGGUCUCUUCCACGAAUGGUUGAUGAGUCUUAUCUUUGCCCCAAUACCAGAGGAUCUCGAUGAAAAUGGAGAUUGCAUUCCUCCAAAAUGCUUCAGGUUGUCCCAUGGUUCUUGUAUCGUUUUCUUCGUCUGGCUAUCCUUCACAAUCAGCUUGGAAUUCAUGUUCACACCGAAAAAAUACUUCAGGAAUCCCUACAUUUGGUACAAGGUGGCAUCGUCUUCCUUUGCAUCGCUUGCAUGCAUCUUCUUCCUUGAUCCAUACGUCCAUACAAGAUUCUUCAAUGAAGGAUAUGUUGGGCAUUUCAUGGUGCAUCCGGUGGGGGAUUGGGUGUAG